UGGCGUUUUAUCAUAUUUCUCGUUUGGUUCCUCUUAACCACCAAGUCCAAAACCCUAAAAACCCCCGUUGUGAGAGAAAAAACUGUCAAUGGCCUGUAAUGGCACCGGAUGUGAAUCGGGUUGCUAUAAAGACAGCACCGGGGAUGAAGUGGAGAAAUCAUCCACGGAGAAGUUAAAUGGUGAUGUCAAUGGCGAUGGUAAUCACCAUCGCCACCAGACGACGUGUCUCAAGUGUAAGGCAGCAGAAGCCACAAUCUUCACCGGCGGGGAAGGUGGUAGCAGAUUCUGUGCUGAUUGCUUCCGUAGUAACCUUUAUGGAAAGUUUAAGCUUGCUGUCACUUCCCAUGCCAUGAUUUCGCCCACUGAUAAAGUUCUCAUGGCCUUCUCCGGUGGUCCUUCAUCCAGGGUGGCUCUUCAAUUUGUUUCUGAGAUGCAACUCAAAUCCCAGAAAAACUUUGAUGCAACUGCAAUUAGAGACAGAUCUUUACCUGUAUUUGGUGUUGGAGUAGCUUUCAUUGAUGAAACUGAAAUCCAUCCCAUCACUUGUACUGAUUUCAAUAAAGCCAUUGAAGACAUUAAAGAAAUUGUAUCAAAUUUGUCUCCACCCAAAAAAGAAUUGCACAUAAUCCCAAUCAGAAACAUCUAUUCAACAAAAACCAGUGAUGGAAGUGAGACACUGAAGAAUCUAAUAAACACUGUUAGUGAUGCAACUGGAAAAGAAGACCUUCUUUCACACCUACGUAUGUUGUCCUUACAAAAGAUUGCUAUUGAAAAUGGAUACACCAAACUUGUGUUGGGCUCAUGCACAUCCAGGAUAGCUUGCCAUGUACUUGCAGCCACAGUCAAGGGCCAAGGGUACUCAUUAGCAGCUGAUAUACAAUAUGCUGAUGCAAGAUGGGAAAUUCCAGUAGUUCUUCCCCUACGUGAUUGUCUCAUUCAAGAACUCAACAUACUUUGCAGUCUUGAUAGUUUGAAGAUUGUGGAGGAAUUUAAAGACUCUCGUGGUGGCAUCAAUGGUUUGGUUUCAUCUUUUGUGAAACUCUUGCAGGAAGAAAAUCCUUCUCGGGAAUGCACAAUUGUAAGGACUGCUGGAAAGCUGACUCCAUUCCCAUUUAACAAGAUUCCAGAUAUAAACACUGAUGGUGAUGAUGUUCAUUUGGCAUCUCAAAGGCGUCAUAAGAAGUUUAAUUUAAAGCCGAUUGAAUCACUUCCUCCAGACUCAUUCUGCCCUAUUUGCAAUAGCCCAAUCCGUGACUUUCAAAGCGUGACUUCUUUUACUAAUUCCCAAACUACCCCUGCACUUUUCGGUGCUGCUUGCUGCUCUAGUUGCCAAUAUCAGAUACUUCCUGAGGAACUCUCGUCAAUGGAGGAGUUCUAUUCGUUUUUACCCCAAUCUAUCAUCGCUCGAGCAAGAAAUGGGAACCAAAAAUGGAUAAGGGAAAAGAUACAAGAUUGUUUGAUUUUAGACGAUGAAGAUGAAGUUUGAGGUUCUAAAUGUAGUCGUAGAGAAAGAAGGGAUUGGAAACAGAGGACCCUGCCACUGCCACAUCUUUCUCACAUCAAAAGCACAAACCCUUUGCCUUUUCCACGUUCUCAAAGAUAUUUUAUUUGAUCUACAAUAAGUUGAAUACACGCCUGAUAAUAAUGGUUGUUUAACAAAAAUGUACUAUAAAGUGUAAACUAAUUAUUUAUAUAUACUUGGUACAAAAU